CGAGCCGUCCGCCCCUGAGGGGAUGUCGCGGUCCCGGGGAAGCCCCCUGAGGUCAGCGGACCAAGGGUGAAGCCGCGGGCGCAGAUGGCGGGCCCUGGGUGUAAGGGCCACCUCGCGGCGUCCGUCGGCUGCGCGGCAGGUGCGCUCGGGGGGCGGCGACCGGCGACCGGAGCGUCCGGGGCUCCCCUCGCCUGCAGGGGCCGCUAGCUGCCGGAGCGCGCGGCGUUUCCCGACCUCAGGGCAACAGGUGGUGCCGCCGUUGCGCCGAGCGCGAGCCGUGCUCCGCCACGCUGGGAGCGGCGGUUCCUUCGCCCAAUGAGGACGCAGGGGGCGGGCCUUGCAGGGCUGCCCCCGCUGAGGGCUGCCCGCCAAUGGGGUUGGAGGUAGUGGGUGGUCCGUGAGGCGUGGGCGUGGCCGGCCCCUGUGUCCGAGGUUUCCAGCGCAGCCAGCGCCAGAGCUGCGGGCAGAGCGGAGGCGAGCGGCUGGGUUGCGUUCCCCCCACCCCGAGCAGGAACGCCUGCCCAUGCACUCUCAUUGGUUCCCAGACUGCAGUCCCCGAGAAGUCUUGCGGUUGAGUCACCCAGGAGGAGAAAUUUUAAAGUCCUAGGAAGAGAGCAUUUCCAUUUGGGACAAUUACCUGCGCUGGAAAUGGGGAAUGGACUAUCAGACCAAACUUCCAUCCUGUCCAGCCUGCCUUCGUUUCAGUCCUUUCACAUCGUUAUUCUGGGUUUGGACUGUGCUGGAAAGACGACUGUCUUAUACAGACUACAAUUCAAUGAGUUUGUAAAUACUGUACCUACCAAGGGAUUUAACACUGAGAAAAUUAAGGUAACCUUGGGAAAUUCUAAAACAGUCACUUUUCACUUCUGGGAUGUAGGUGGCCAGGAGAAACUAAGGCCAUUGUGGAAGUCUUAUACCAGAUGCACAGAUGGCAUCGUGUUUGUUGUGGACUCGGUUGAUGUUGAAAGGAUGGAAGAAGCAAAAACUGAACUUCAUAAAAUCACAAGGAUAUCAGAAAACCAAGGAGUCCCUGUACUUAUAGUUGCUAACAAACAAGACCUGAGGAACUCACUGUCUCUCUCAGAAAUUGAGAAAUUGUUAGCAAUGGGUGAACUGAGUUCAUCAACUCCAUGGCAUUUGCAGCCUACCUGUGCAAUCAUAGGAGAUGGACUAAAGGAAGGACUUGAGAAACUGCAUGAUAUGAUAAUUAAAAGAAGAAAAAUGUUGCGACAGCAGAAAAAGAAAAGAUGAAUACGAGUACCUUUUAUAUCUAUAUGGAGUAGGUUUUCUCCGGUCUGAUUUUGACAAAUGGAAGUAUUCCACACUGGUUUGCCCUCCUGGAUGCUAUUUAAAGCUUUGUUUUGUUGAACAAUCAGAUGUCCAACUCUGUUGCCUUGUGGAAGAUGAAUAAAUGCAGUGCUUCUUAAA